CACUGUUGCUUGUUUAUCUCGCAUAUCUGGCAACACGGGUUCUUUAGACGAUAUCGCGAUAGCUUCGUAAUCUUAAAGUGCCGAAAUGUGGAAAAUCAAUUUUCAGUGCAAACAAGGAUAAACGACUUUAACAGAGUCCGUAAAACUAAGGUGCUGCGCAUGCGCGUGGAGAGUUUGCCAUGAAGGUAAAGGUGAUCUCCAUCCUGGAGGACAACUACAUGUACCUGGUGAUUGAAGAGCAAAGCAAAGAGGCUCUAGCUGUGGACCCUGCUGUACCCCAACGGCUGUUAGAAAUAGUGAAGAGGGAAGGCUUGUGUCUGAAAGCUGUUCUUACCACACACCAUCACUGGGACCAUGCUCGAGGAAAUGUGGCACUACUGAAAGAGUUUCCUGAUCUGAAAGUGUACGGAGGAGAUGACCGCAUCGAGGGUCUGACUGAUAAAGUCUCCAAUACUCAGGAGCUCAAGUUUAACUCCAUCAAUGUGAGGUGCCUGUUUACUCCGUGCCAUACCUCUGGUCACAUGUGCUACUUUGUUUGGGAGGAUGAGUGCACUGACGCCCCUGCUGUGUUCACAGGCGAUACACUGUUUGUUGGUGGAUGUGGGCGGUUCCUCGAAGGCACAGCUGAACAGAUGUAUCACAACCUUACCGAGGUGCUAGGCUCCCUGCCUCGAGACACAAAGGUGUUCUGUGGACAUGAGUACACCAUUAAGAACCUGAAGUUCGCCCUGCUAGUGGAGCCGGAGAACGAGAAGGUUAAAGAAAUGCUGAGCUGGGCCAGAGCGAGAGAUGAUGACGACAAACCCACAGUGCCAUCUACCCUGAUUGACGAAUUUGACUACAACCCUUUUCUUCGGCUCUCAGAGGAAGGAGUGCAAAAGUUCACAGGGAAGACUGAACCUGUGGAGGUGCUGCGUGUGCUGCGAAAGGAGGAGGACAAAUUUAAGAAGCCCAAGGAGAGGGUUCCUCCACACGCCAUGAUGGCUUUAGAGUGGGGGCUGCUCCGACCCUGAGAACCUGUCUUUGGACCUCUGGACCUCAACCACAGAAAGAGUGAACGAGUGUGGAAGCAGAUUGUGUUGUUUUGGAUUUUAACCUGUGGAUCUGCUGGAGGGUUUGUUUGCUCCUCGUUAGCAUGUAUUUAAAGAACUGUUCAAUCCAUGUGCACAAAAUGACAAAGAAAAGCUGCUUCUACUAAAUAUUUCUUUUAAAAAAAAGUUGAUUGAAGCCCAAGCAGUCCGUAAAUGCACAAAUUAUCUGCACGGGGGGGCUUCAUAAACAUGACUGUUUUAAUGUCUAAUUUAUGGUAAAUGUAUAUAUUUUGUGCUCAAAUGUGCUGAGCUUUUUGCUAUUUUCGUGCCAUUUUCUUUUAUUUUGGAAGUCUAAAUUUCCAGUAAUAUUUAGGCACAUUUUUUUAAUUCAUUUUAGUUCACAUGGUGUAAAGGUUUCAACUACUUUAUCUUUUUAAAUUUAAAGUGAUGUGAUUUAAGCUGUGCAUUUUUUGUAUGUUUUUAAUUCCAGGAAAAAAAAAAGGAUUGUGCUCUGUUUCUCUCUGAAUGUAAAGUACAUCCCACCCUCACCCCAAAAGCAAGUCUCACUUUUAUCUGUGCAGGAAAAAAAAGGCACAAGUCUGAAUCUAUUUAACAUAUUCAUCACAUUUUAAAAGCAGACUGAAACAGUCUCUAAAGUGUUUUUAUUAUUCAGCAUAUAAUCAGAUUAAAUAUUUUUUCAGUGCAUAUUUCUAUCUGCAGAGUGUAACAGCUACUAAAUAUAUUUCACCUUUAAUGGAUGAGCUAUAUGAGUAAAAUUGCACUUAUAAAA